UGGCAUAAAAAUGCACGUAGCAGAGAAAGGAGAAGGCCCUGUGGUGUUGUUCCUGCAUGGCUUCCCCGAGCUCUGGUACUCAUGGCGCCACCAGAUUCUGGCUCUCAGUUCCCUCGGGUACCGUGCCGUGGCUCCUGAUCUGCGUGGCUACGGUGACACGGAGGCACCACCUUCAAUCAGCAGCUACAACUGCUUGCAUAUUGUGGGUGACCUCGUUGCUCUUAUAGAUUCUCUGGGUGUGGAGCAAGUGUUCCUUGUGGCUCAUGACU